AUGCGUGCUCUGUUUGACCAUUACAAGCAUAGGAUCGGACUUCAUAGUAGUUCUCCUAUUGUGAUUCAAGAAGGUGAGCAAGAACCUAGUGGAAGUGGGGAUGGGAAGAAGAAAGGAAAGUUUUGGGAUGAUUUCAGGAAAAAGAAAAGAGAGGCCAUUCGGAGAGGAACUAGAAAAAGUUCCAAAUCUGAGUUUGAUAGGUACCUUGAGGAGGAGGAGGAUGAUGAGGAGGUUACACGAGCAAUGGUGGGUUCUGAAGAGGAUGAGUAUAAGUUUGACAUCUUGGGAUGGUGGUCGCGAAAUUGGAUAAGAUCUUCUAACUCUGAGUUGGUGGCUGAUGGAGAAGAUGAGUGUGAUGAAGUUGUAUUUCAGAAUGUAUUUGCAGCUUUUCAAACUCGAAGUGCAAGUGCACCUGCAGAACCUAGUGGAAGCUCACAUUCUGCUCAUGUUCCGAUCUCGAGUCCUACUGGGUCACAAGUCGAAGAAGUUUAUUUUGAUGAGGAUUCUGAUGGGAAUGAUGAGACUUGUGUGGAUAUAGAGUCCAAUAAGGUGGAGUGA